AUGUGGGCGAUUCGCCAUCUACUUCAGGCCUGUGAAUACGGGAAAGACUCAGAUUGCUUGCCACUUCUGCUCUUUGCAGCAAAGGCACUGUGGAACGCUGCUGCUCCAGUUGUAAACGAUGAGUAUUACGGAGAACAGGCUUGCCUGGCUGUGAAAUCAGCAUUGUACAUUAUACCCACCAGUUGCCGGUCUACUGAGAUAACUUUGAUAACCCGCAUGUGCAUGGGACUUCUUUCUUCCCUUUCUUGUGGCAAGAAGUGGGAUGAGCUCUUCCGCAUGGCUGAAAGCGCAAUGCUACUAGUUCCUAAGGUGCUGCAUGCUCCCUUGAUGAAGCUGCAGAUUAUUUCUCUGACCCGUUCUGGGGCACCUAAUCUUCUUCCUAGAAUAUUCACCAUUGCUAGGAGUGAGACGUCAAGUGAGGCCGACUUGCUGUUAUGCUUUGCUCGGCUUGCCCAAAAAGAUCCUGGCACUGCGCCAAUGGCACUGGAAGCUUAUGAAGGAGCUCUUAAUCUUUUUGAAGCAGGCAAAGAUCCCCAUGGGAUCAUUGUCCAUCUAGAAAUUGCAGAGUGGCUCCUAAGCUUAGGGCGCUCAUGGACAAAGGCCAGCUCACACAUUCGUGCUGCUGUGGAACUUCUUAAAGAACUCCAGUCUCAGCAGGCGGUGAGCGGCCAGGGAGAUGGCCACAACUAA